CGCAACAAGCACAAAGCCAGUGGUCAUGGGAAUCUUCCACGUGCAAAACACUGGUUCUCUGAUUCAGUUAAGAGUGUUAAGUGGAAAUGGCUGUGUGAGACCGAAGAUUGCGCAAUUGCGGUGGGGUUGACGACGGUCAUCGCAAUACGUCCAUCAGAUAAUCACAUUUCCGGUUACGUUUGAAUUUUUCCAACCUAAUAAGAACAAAACCUAUCAAGAAGUCGGAGAAAAGGAUAUGAAAGGCGGUGGUGGGGGCGGGGUUUCAGUUCCGGGGAAACGGCGAUGGAGAGGCCUGGUGAUUGGAGUUCUCUUUCUCGUUAUUCUUUCUAUGCUUGUUCCUUUGGCCUUCUUGCUUGGUGUUCACAAUGGCUUUCACUCUCCCAAUCCCGACGGAUAUGUCCCUGUACAACAUUCUUCAGUUUCGGUGAGCUUUUUAACUUUAUUGCUGGAUUUGUGGGAUGCACAUGUUCUAGCAAUUUUUCUUAUUUUAAUGUCUUCAUAUUUUUUUUCCUCCUUCAAUUGGAUAUCAGAAUGGUGCCUCUACAUAACCAAAUCUUCCGUGCAGGGUACCAACAAUGUUGCUAAAGUUGAAGGUACUGAAUAUGUCAAAGGUGGUAUAGAUGAAAAUGAAAAUUGUGAAUUGAAAUUUGGGAGCUACUGCCUUUGGCGUAAAGAACAUAGAGAAGACAUGAAGGAUUCUAUGGUAAAGAAAUUGAAGGACCAGCUCUUCGUGGCCAGAGCAUACUAUCCUAGUAUUGCAAAACUUCCAUCACAGAGUAAAUUGACUCGUGAAUUGAGACAGAAUAUUCAAGAAUUGGAGCGUCUUCUUAGUGAAAGUGCUACAGAUCCUGAUCUUCCACCAGAGAUUGGAAAGAAGUCACAGAAGAUGGAAGCAGCAAUAGUCAAAGCUAAAUCAUUCCCUGUGGAUUGUAAUAAUGUUGACAAGAAACUGAGGCAAAUAUUUGACUUAACUGAGGAUGAAGCUAACUUCCACAUGAAGCAGAGUGCAUUCCUUUACCAACUAGCGGUCCAAACCAUGCCAAAGAGUCUUCACUGUUUAUCUAUGAAACUAACUGUGGAAUAUUUCAAAUCUACUUCUCUGGAUAUGGAGCCUUCUCAGGCCAAUAAAUAUUCAGAUCCCUUAUUGCAUCACUAUGUUAUAUUCUCCAAUAAUGUACUCGCAUCAUCAGUUGUAAUAAACUCAACAGUUAUGCAUUCAGAAGAGAGUAAGAGUCAGGUUUUUCAUGUGCUGACUGAUGAACAGAAUUACUUUGCAAUGAAACUAUGGUUCUUCAGAAACUCUUUUAAAGAAGCCACUGUUCAAGUGGUGAACAUGGAAAAGUUUAGCCUGGACUACCAUGAUAAAGCAACUCUUUCACAUAUGUUAUUGCCUGUGGAGUUUCGAGUCUCUUUCCACAAUUUUGAUGAUUCAUCAACCCAAGAUAGAACACAGUACCUAUCAAUUUUUUCUGAUGUGCACUAUCUUCUACCUGAGAUAUUUCCGAGUUUAAAGAAAGUUGUGGUUCUGGAUGAUGAUAUUGUUGUACAGAAAGACUUGUCAGCACUAUGGAACCUCGACAUGGGAGGUAAAGUAAAUGGUGCUGUGCAAUUCUGCUCGGUGACGUUGGGUCUGCUGAAGAGUUAUAUGGGUGAAAAUAAUUUUGAUAAAAAAAUUUGUGCUUGGAUGUCUGGAUUGAAUAUACUUGAUCUGGCAAGGUGGAGAGAGCUGGAUCUCACUAAAAGUUACAGGAAGUUGGCAAGAGAGGUGAGCGUUGGUGAGGAAUCAAUUGAAGCUGCUUCUUUGCGCGCAAGUUUGCUCACCUUUCAGGACCUAAUUUAUGCUCUUGAUGGUGUAUGGGCGUUAUCAGGACUUGGUCACAAUUAUGGGCUUGAUAUCCAAACCAUUAAGAAAGCUGCAGUGCUGCAUUAUAAUGGAAACAUGAAACCUUGGCUGGACCUGGGAAUUCCGAGAUACAAACGACACUGGAAGAAGUUUUUGAAUCAAGAAGAUCAAUUUUUGAGUGAAUGCAAUAUACAUCCGUAAUGAGUUUGGUGGUGCAGGUUACAGCUAAUAUCCCUGGAAAACUUAGGGCUCAAGAAAGCUUGAAUGUAUGGAUUUCUUUUUCUGGGUGCUGAGCAUUUCCAUUCAGCUCGAUUUACCAAAGGUUAUUGGGUAACAAAGAAGCUGACAACCAUGGCCAAUAUGGUGAACUGAUAAUUUUUGAUUUUUUUUGGUAAACAAAAGGAUUUACCUUUCCGAAAAGCGGAAGAGGUUUCCCUGGAGGUGGCUACAGUUGCUCGGAAAGGAAGAUUGUAGGUUUAUAUUGCUACUAUUUGUUUGACAAAGGCGGGGAGUGAUGAUAAGAGCUUCAUUCUCUGCAUCUUUUGGUAAAUUGAAUUAGAAUGAAGAGGGAAAACCUUGAGAAAAUAAUUCUGUUGGUUGAGAAGAUUGUGUGAUUGUUCAUUAAAGGAGAUCUUAUAGUCAUUCAUAAUGUAAAUGAUUUGCUCAUUCAAGAAGCGAGUAUUCCCGUCCCUUUUUGGAAUACCCAUUUGUUUGAAUUAAAUUUCAUUAU